UCAUAGUAAAACUACUUUUAAUCUUUUUUGCCCCCCUAAACUCCUCCUGGUUUCCUUCAGCUACUGUAAUGCAGACGUAAAUCAAGCGUGCAUGUGUGUGGGUGGAUGUGUCUGUGUAUACAGGCAGGAAUGGAUGAAGACAGUUACAGUUAGGUAAGUAGGGUGGCGACAGGUAGCCAAAGAUAAGUGAAGGAAAGAGGACUACACCUUUACCUCAUUUGUUGCCGCUUCCAUUGGCUGAAGUUACACAGCAGCCGCCUUUCUUCCCCGGUUUGUCCACCUCUCGUGUCCUUACCACCGGAUUCCUCUUGGCUGUUUACUUCGGCAGAAUCAUGUCUGAGGAAAAAUCGGAUUUUCCUAACGAACUGUUUGAGAGUGUGCGGGAGGCAGUGGGUCGCAGUGUGAAACUGUCCCUGAGGUGCAAAGUCCAGCUGGAGGUCAAAGUUGACAAGGUGGAAAGCAGAGUGCUGGCCUUGGCAUCACAUCGAGCCUACCUGCUGACUGCAAGGGUCCCUUCUAAGGUUGAGCAGUCCUUCAGUUACCUGGAAAUCCAGGGAAUCCACAGCAACAAGCCCACACAGCUGCUAUUAGAGUAUGAGCACGGUUUGUGGAGCCUCCGGCUGGGCUCAACAGAGGAGGUGGACAAGGUGAUCGCUCACAUCGGCAGGUGCCUGCACUGGAUCCUCCCUGUAGGCUCACCGGUGAAGAUGAUGAGGAAGUUGAAUUUGAAGCCUCCAGACAGGAUGGCAGCUCUACAGGCCAUCUGGGAUGAACAGGGCUCAGCUGACCUGGGACCCUGCGGUGGCUUUUCCCAUCAGUACUGGUGUGUCUGUGAUUACCUCCGUCAGCCAUACAGAGAGGAAGUUCAAUGGGAUGUGGACACGAUCUAUCUCACUCAGGACACCAGAGAGCUCAACCUGCAGGACUUUGUUCACCUGGAGAACAAGGAUUUGGUGCCAAUCAUUGCAGCUCUGGAAUACAACCAAUGGUUUACCAGACUCUCCAUCAAAGACAACAAGCUGUCAACAGAUGUGUGUGACCAGAUUUUGAGAGUGGUGGCUCGAUCUAGCCGGCUGGAGGAGCUGGUGCUGGACGGUGCUGGACUUAAAAGUGAAUUUGCUCAGAAACUGGCCAGUGCUCUGUCACAUAAUCCUGCCUCCACGCUUCACACACUCAACCUGAGCAACAACUCACUGGAGGACAAAGGUAUUGCUGUUCUGAGCACUCAGUUUGCUAAACUGCCCAUGGGUCUAAAGCACCUGAACCUCUCCAGGACUUCCAUGUCUCCUAAAGGGAUAAACAGCCUCUGUCAGGCUCUCUGUGCCAACCCAGUUGUGGCCUCUACCCUUACACAUCUUGAUCUGUCGGGAAAUUCCCUCCGAGGCGAUGACCUCCCGAACCUGCACAGCUUCUUGAGUCAGUCCAACUGCCUGGAAACUCUCGAUCUAUCCAACAGCGACUGCUCUCUGGAGCAGGUGUGUUCAUCCCUGCUCAGAGGACCAUUGAAGCAUCUUUCUGUCCUCAAUAUGUCCAAAACCGUCUUUUCUCACAGGAAGUGUAAAGAAUUCCCUCAGUCCUUUAAGCAGUUCUUCAGCUCUGCUCAGGCUCUGAACUCUGUCAGUCUGUCAGGAACCAGACUGCCUCUGGAGGCUCUGAAAUCAUUAUUGUUGGGGCUCGGCUGCAACCCAAACCUCAGCAACGUAUCUCUGGAUCUCAGCUGCUGUGAGUUGCGUUCUGGAGGCUCCCAGAUCCUGGAGGGUUGUAUCGCUGAGAUCCCCAACAUUACCAGUCUAGAUAUUUCUGACAAUGGUUUGGAUAUGGACCUGACCACCCUGCUUGUAUGGCUGGCCAAGAACCGCUCAAUCAGACAUCUUUCACUGGGCAAAAACUUUAACAAUAUCAAGGCUAAAAAUGUGGCUCAGGUCCUGGACACUCUGGUUAAUAUGAUUCAAGAAGAGGAAUCACCAUUGGCCUCGCUGUCCCUGGCUGAUUCUAAACUGAAGGCUGACCUCUCCAUCGUCCUCAACGCUCUGGGCAGCAACACCUCUCUCACAAAACUGGACAUCAGUGGAAACUCCAUGGGAGACAUGGGGGCUAAGAUACUGGCCAAGGCCCUGCAGAUCAACACUAAGCUCAGGACGUUAGUGUGGGACAGAAACAACGUCAGCCCUCAGGGGCUACAGGAUGUUGCUGCUGCUUUGGAGAAGAACUACACCAUUCGUUUUAUGCCUGUUCCCAUCAUGGAUGCAGCUCAGGCACUGAAGGCAAAUCCAGAAAAGACAGAGGAUGCCUUGCUCAAGAUGGAGCAGUACCUACUGAGGAACCAUGAGACACGUAGAUACCUCCAGGAGCAGGCGUACAGACUACAGCAGGGAAUCGUCACCACCACCACUCAGCAGAUGAUGGACACGAUAUGUGUCAGGGUGCAGGAUCAUUUGAACUCUCUGAGGUUCACAGAGACCAGCGCUGUUCAAGAGGACAUGAAGGUGGCCGAGAACCUCAUGAAGGAUGCCAGGAAUUCCAAAACUCUGCUUCCCAACCUGUACCACCUUAGGAGUGGGGGUUCCAAAGGUCCGUGUGUUGGACCUAUUCAGGAUAAACUGGAGUCAAUGGCUGGAGAGGUAGCAACAGUGAUGGAGGAACAGCUGCAGAUGAUGCUGCAGACCAUGGUGGAUGCUGCUGAGGCCCUGUGUCCUCAUGUGAUGAAGAAGAGCAGCCUUCGUCAGGAGCUGCUGAAGGCCGGUGCAGGGAGGAUGACUAUUCCUCACAGCUUUGUCACCACCACGCUGCUGGAGCAGUCCGGGGUUGACAUCAUCAAUAAGAUCAGUGAAGUGAAACUCAGCAUUGCCUCAUUUCUCUCUGAUCGCAUCGUGGAUGAGAUCCUGGAGUCUUUGUCCAGAUCACAGCGCACUCUGGCCGACCAUCUGAUCAAAAAGGAGCAACCUCUGGUGCAUCAGGAGCCACAUAUGGAGACAGAGGUCUUGGAUGAGACAGUUCUGCAACCAGAGAACCAUGACAAGGAUCAGAAACAAGACUGGGGGCAGGAAAAUGACCUGGAUGAUAUGGACUCCACGAUGAUACCUAAAUCCAAGCGGAAGAGUAUUUUGGUCAGGAUGCUGAGGCCUAUCUCUGUGGCGUUUGAGAUGGAGUUUGACCUCGACAAAGCUCUGGAAGAGGUACCCAUCCAUGUCGAGGACCCUCCUCUUCCUUCUCCUUCACAGCUGUCAGACAGAACAUCAGCCUACUAUGGAGACCUUCCACUUCCCCCGACUCCACAGGAUGCAAAAUCUGUCCCACUGGCUGAGCUGCCACCUAUGGAACAUAAAACACUGGAACAUCACACCAAAUUCCGGCCAAAACCUAAGAGGACAAAUCCCAGUCGGCCACAUCGGGAGGCCACUGGUAGCUCAGUACCACAGGAAGCAGAGCAGAACAGCAUCAUGGGAAAGCUGGAUGAGGGCUUGGAAGACUUCUUCUCCAAGAAAGUCAUUAAACUCAGCUUCAAAAUUCCCUCUGGAAAAGGUCCGUCUGCCAGCACUCCAGAACCAGCAGAUAAAAAACGUGAAUGCAGGAAGAGUGGUUUCUUUAAUCUCAUCAAAUCUCGAACGUCCCGUUCAGAGAAGAGCCAUGGAGCUGCAGCCAUCACCCCAUUUCAACCUGCCUUGUCCACUACAGCUGCAUCUGAGGAGACGACACCAACAUCUCCCACAUCAUCUGUGAAAAUCUCUCCCAUUGUGUCAGAGCCCGAGCAGGAGCCCCACAAGUCUCAUUCCUCAAAUCACACAGAUUCUGGGAUUGAGGUGCCUCCAAUCACCAUCAAACCUGCAGAGGAAGAGAAUGAAAAGCAGAAUUUGGAUAAAAAGGAAAACAUGGAGAAGCCAGAAAAUGUGGAGAAAUUGGAGAAAAAGGGAAACCCACACAAACCCCGUCACAUUGGGGUUCCUGUAAUGGGAAUGGACCUGAUGGCUGAGAUGAAGGCCAGGCAAGAGAGAAUGGCUGGAAAGAAAACUGAGCCAGCACCUGCACAGAACAAAGUGGAUGGUGACAAAGCCAAGUCAGAAGUCCAUCCUGCUGUGAUAGCAGACACUGAUGAAUCUAAACCAGAGCCAGCACCCAGGUUCAAGCCACAGAGUGUCACCCACAAACCACCCCCACCUCAGGCUACCAAAGUACCCUUGUCACCCUGCGCCUCCGGGUCCCUCAGCCCAACUAGCCCCCGACUAAACAGCACCUACGUCUGUGGUGACGCUGUUAAUGUUCAAACAGGCAGCGUAUCUCCUAAAGCUCCACUUCCUGCUCCUCGCCUGAGGAGGGCGACAUCAGAACAGGGGCGAGUGAGUACCAGCAGCAACCCCGCAGAACCUCUGUAUCCUCAGGACGCUGCAGAUGGUGAUGUGUUUGAAGCACCCCUCGCAGGCGGAGAGCCUGGCAGCAACAAACGGGCGUCAUCUCUAAAGAGGUCAUCCAGCCUUUCAACUGCAAGCAAAGACGACCGAGAACGCACCAAAUCCCUCCCUGCCUACGUGAGGCCUCCAUCUCUGUCUGACACACAUGUGAGUCCAGCUGAUGAAGAGAUUCCAGCUUCACUGACAGAUUGCAAAUCUAACAGCAAAUCAGAGGAUGAGUCCAGUGAUGACACUCCUUCAGUCUGACACAAUAAAGUGUUUACAGUCACCUAAAUCCUGCUUCAGCUGCCUCGUCUACGCCACAUGAACUUUAAGGAGAUCAAUCAUAUUAAUACACGAAAAGACACAGAUGUAAAUUUUUUUUUUUCCCUAUGCAACAUGUAUGUGUAGUGGACAGACACUUUGUCAUGCUGUUAUCAGUGGGAGUUUCCUGAUCUUGGAUUAGUCCCAGCUGUCCAGCGGUCAAAACAACUCCAUAACUGUCUCUAUCCAAAGCUUUAAUAUGACCAUAAAGAGCAGACCAGAUGGGUUUAUCUGGUGCAGAGAGAAUCUGUGGCUGCUUAGAUAAACAUGCCCAGCAAUUUAAAAAGCUCAGUUAGUACAAAGCACUGAGGAAAAUGAGUCUCAUUUAUUGUUUUUGUGUAACUAUAAGUAGGUCCAGAUUGAAGCUGUUUGGUCUGAACUGUAGCACUUCAGUAAUCAUUGCUAGCAGAACUUCAGAAAAUAAGAUUUAAAAUAGAAAUAGGUCCCAAAAACAGUUUCUUUAUUCCAAAUUUUUGUUGAUCAUCUUAAAACCAGCAAAUUUGAAGCAGAUGGUUGCAGAAAAAUUCUCGAAGUCAUUAGAAAUGCAACAAGCCAUCCAAACUAGUUCAUAACUAACAGUGAGACUAAUCAAACAUUGUUGAUGCUUACUGUACCUACAGCCGCUUUCUGUUAUUUGAGCAUCAGAAACUUUUCCUGCUCAGUAACAUCUAUAAUUCCUCCCCUCUUCAGUUAUAUCAAACCAAUCAUUGCUGGUUGAUAUGAAACAUCACUGCUACCAGUGAACCAGCACUGGGAUUGUUGUCAUAGAGAUGAGACUUAAAACCUGGAUUUACUGCAAAACCUGAGACAGAUUGUGCCCUGGACUGCUUGAAAAAGUGGGCUUGGGUGCUUGGACUGCUACACAUCAGGUGUGAUCCAACUUUCCUCUUGAAGAUCAACUGAAAAUCAGUGUGUUAAAUAAUGAAUGAAUCAGUAGGAAAUGUCAGAGGACAGCAUGUCACCACUUCCAAAAAUGUCUCCAGUUAGACCACAAAAUGCAUAAAAGCUAGAAUCACACUGUACAUGGUGAUAAUGAUCUGUCUUCAAAGGCAUGUGUAUGUUUGAGAGAACGAGAUAGGAGUCCAAAAGCUGCUUCGAGUUUGAGAUAAUGGAAGAAGACUCAGGCAGCAAAAGAAACAAGCUGAACUCGAGCCUGGAACAUGAAAUGCAGUGUGAAUGGAGGUCAGACUGGGAGUGGGGCUUGAGGAUGGGACAUGACAGCCUUUCCUCAUGUGAGCUCAGUUGUUAUUCAUUUAGGAAUUUUUGUUGGGAUCAGGACCUUUAAAAAAGACUAAAUAAGGUUAAGAUUGUUGAACCAGAGUCAAGCAAAAAAAUUAAAGCUCUCAAAAGUGGGAAAUAACAAAAACAAAAAAAAUAUGACUCCAUCAGAUUUUUUUUUUUUUUAAUUAAUUUCAAGAUGUAAAACUUUUAGUAAUAUAACUACAGCUUGUUUUUUACAGAAGCAGGAAAAAGGUGAGUUGAUGCCAUGUUUAUGUCAAGUCAGAGUUACUGGAAGAAACAUUUCUGGAGACAGAGGGCAGCUGAUGGUCUUUUUAUUUAUUUGCUUAAAGGCUGGUGAAAUCACAUUUACAUGUUGCUCCAGGAAGUGUGCAUUUACCCGUGAUGAGAAGCUGAUUCUCAUUACAGGAUGUAAACACUGAUGGAGUCAUGUUAAUCUGAGCUGUAAUGUUAGCUAUCUGCAUGCUUCUUUGGGCUGGCAGAACCAUGGAAAGAAUAAGCAGAAUAACUGUUCUCUCCGCGGCUUGUGGAGGUUUUGUGAGGAACAGGUUGUGAUUUCAGGAAAGAGACAUUACUGCUGAGUUUUUCAAAUGUACUUUGGCACUUUGAGCACCCCAAGGUGAGCUCACGUCCCUACAGCUGAUCUCACUAAAACUAGUCUACUUACACCAUAAAAAAAAUCUAGAUGGAGAAAUAGCACUACAGGCCAGAGAAAAAAAAGAGUCUAGCUGACUUGGAGGUGAACUGUCCCUGUAAGUUAAAAUCAUUAACGUUUGCUUUAAGCAAUGAAAAAACUUGUAGUGUCAGUGACUGUCAGUGAGGCCCUUUGUAAAUGUUACCAUCUGUUACUCUUCUGCCAUCAUAAAGGUCCCGUGUAAGCUGCACUUACUGAUGUAUUAUGUAAAUAUGACCUAACAUUUGUUUAAGAUACUGCUUAUACAAUAAGAGGCGGUUGUAGAGGAAAAUAUGAUUUAUAUCUAAGAUUUAUAUCUAAUUCUGAGCAGAAAAGUGUUUUUUUUUUCAUUUAAAAGACUCAAUAAUGGUUUUCCUUUUAUUUUUGUUUUUUUGAUGUUGUCACUUUUUUAAAUCUACUUUUAUAAAUUUACCAUAAAUGUGACAUCAAGCUGCCAAAUAUUUCUGUAUUUGUAUGUUUUUUCCAAUAAAUAUUAUUUUACUUGUCA